GACCCGUACUCCGGAGGACGCGUGCUGCUGCUGCAGCUGUUGUUCACGCCGCGGUGCAGGAGCCGCGUAUUUUCUAACCCUCAUCAACCAUCCGUGUGAUCGUUUUCCGCUCAGCUGUCGACUGAUGUGGCCGUGACGAUGUUCUCCUAACAGUGUCUUGGUUUUCUCUAAGAACUGGGAGUCCUGUGAGGUUCAGAUCCUGAGCAAAGACAACGAUUUUUAACAAUCUUAGCAGUUUCUGAUGAUUUUUGGGCGGUAUGGACGGUGUUGAUGACAGCUACAUCUGGCAGCGCCGAAUCGCCCAUGGGAUUCGGUAUCAAAAAGGAGAAGUCCCUUUCCCAGAAUCUGUGGAAAUCGGUCUGGAGUUUAAUGCGGCGCUGGAAAGGAAGGAGAAGUUGGAUCAGAGCCUGCUGACCAACGGAGUUAUGCUGGAAAUAUGUCAAUUUGCCAAAACGGUGACCAGGUCCGAGAAGUAUUUCCUGUUUGAAAUGUUGGAGUUCAACUUUGACCUCGGCUUUGACAUAAACAAUGACAGUCUGUGCUACGCCUACGCGGUUCGCGUUCACAACAAAAUAAAGCACCUGAAGGAGCAAAUCAAGCUGAAACCACAUAGAUGGAAAGAAAAAUUUCAGUUGCCAGAUCCAAGUGUUUUGUCAGGGUCCAAAGCAGACGAGGUGUUGGGACGGUACUGCCCGAAAUGGAACAAAAUCGCCGAUAGUUCGGUGCUCACGGACGCCAGCAACAGCCAGUCUGCAGACAACCACAGAGCCGAAACAACCGGAGUCGCAAGCAACACGUACACUGUAAAAAAACAAGGAGGAAUCCGGUUAAGACAAACUCAAAGUGCUAACCCUUUCUGCACGCAACUUGGUGUGACUUUAGCUGUUCGACCAGAUCAGACCCCCCAACAGAAACUGGACCCGAGUCUGCUCACCAAUGGCGUGAUGAUAGAGCUGCUUGAUUUUUCCAGAGUGCUGUGUGGAAAACACACUUUCAUAGUUUAUGAACUGGUCAAGCAAAACUUUGGUUAUGCUUUUAAUAAACCUCAGUUCCGAAUGUAUCUAAACAGGGUGCUGGAGAGGAAGUACACCUGCCUGACAGCUGAGGACAAAGACGCUUUCAGAAAGGAACUUUUUAAAGUCCCGGCUGAGAAGAAGAAAUGGGAAUAUAAAGGUAAAAAGAGAAAAACACCUGAAGCAGAUGACCAAGAACUGGAAACACAAAGUCUGGCCAGCAAUAAAAGAGAAACACGGAGGCAGCGGGCCAACAUCUCUGAGGAACUGUUGCAGGACGGUGAUCUGUCAUACAUGUGUCCUGUAGAUUUUGAGACAGAAAUGGAGUCGGGAGUGGAGGCUGAACCAGAAAACGUAAAAACCGAAAGUUGCUCGUCAGCAGCAGAAGGAGAAAUUAGUUUGUUGCAGGAUGUAAAGCUGGAAGAGGAAGAAGUCUUCAUCUCACCAGUGCAGCCUCCGAAUGAUGGCCACAAGUUUUAUUCAUCAAACACGCAGACAAAGCAUGCAAAUCCGAAACCAUACUGGUGUUUGUUCUCUGAGGGAAGAUGUGCAGAAACAGAAAAGCAGAGCCUGUGGCUGAGGCGCGCCGCUCGAGCAAAGCAGAUCCUGACGUCGAGCCGAGUCAACGACAUGUUCGCCCAUUGCAGACAGAUCGGGUUAGACUUCAACGUUUGUUCAGGCACCCAGCGCCACAUGGAUCACCAGCUGUUGACUAACUGGGUGAUGUGGGAGAUUUUCAAGUUUGCAACUGCUUUGUCGAGGAGCGUACGCAGUUUUUUAUUUGAAAUUCUCUUCAACAACUUUAGCCUCACACUCCAAGAUGAGCAACAUGAACGCAAUUUUUUAAUUUACAUGAUGGCAAAACACAAGACUCUUGUGAACCACCCAAAAAGUGUGAAUAUUGAGUUUCUCAGCAAACCUUUCAAGUUCCCUGAAAUAUACCACAUGGUCGACGUGACUAGCAGCUUUCAGACCCAACUGGAAGAACCGAGUGAAGGGCAGGAGGACUUAGGCUCAUCAGACUCAGCUAAGGGUACGGAACAACACCCUUUCUGCAAAAAGUUGGGUCUAGACCUUUGGUCGACUGAAGAACGGCCGCUAAACCAGAAGCUCGAUUUGACCGUCCUCACGACAGGUGCUGUGCUCGAAAUCUUCAGCUUUGUCAGGGAGCUGUGUGGUGAGGCCCGCAACACUGUUAACGACAUCCUUGAGCACAAUUUUGAUCUUGAUUUGCAAAGUGCUGAAACGGAGGCUGCACAAGUGAUCCAGAGAUGGUACACAACACAGAAAAGCUUGAUGAAAAAGCAAAGCAUUUCACCGAAAAUCAACAGGUGGUUAAACAUGGUUGUCCCGCUGAAUGGCCGCGUGCAGCAGAGUCCAGAAUCCCCAGCCAAAAUCGUGGUGCCAGAUCUGGACAAAGAGGAGCUAGACAGGGAACCGGAGAGUUUUUGUGGACAUGCAAAAAGCUUUGAUUACCAGAACUGCAAGGAAAUAGGACUGGACCUCGACCUCGGCUCCAAAUCAGAAACUAAAACAAAGCUUGAUUUGCAAGUUCUGACGAGGGGCGUCCUGUUUGAGCUGCACCAUUAUGUGCAACAAAACUGCAACCGAUACGUACCUGCUCUGUAUGAGAUUCUGGAGUACAACUUUGAUCUGAGUGCUCACAGCCAUCGGAAGGUGGAGUUGGCCUGGUCCAUCGCCUCGCAGGUCUUAGCCAUGACAGGCAAACAGCACAGAGGUGGGGGUUACCUAAACACAGUUUUUGAGCUGCCCUACGAGGCCUCCGACUUCCCCAAGUCCCCGCAGGUCGUUUGUAAAGAGGAACUGAAGGAGGACGGCUUCACCGAGCCGGACCUUAAUAUCGACAAUGAUGACAUCGUGUUUGUCCGAAAACUGAAGCCUGUUGACAUUGAAGUCGAGAUAGAUUAAAGUGUCCUUUAUAUCCACCAGGCUGGGGAGGGUUCACCUUUACCCACUGAUACAGAAAUAUGGAUCUUGUGACAGAAAGUCUUGUUUUAUCAUUGUUUAGCAUGUGGCUAAAGUCCAGCCUAACCCUGGUGGAAAUGAAGAGGUUGAGUUUGUUUGGUGGAGCUUUUGUCUUCACAAUCAAAUUUUUUUAAAACUCUCGAGGACAUCUCUGCAUCAUCUGUUCUGUCCACGCGAUGUCUUUAAAUGCUCAUGAAAAGCUGAUAUUUGAUCAUGCUUAAACUGAUUAUUAAUUUUCUGACUGAAUCAUAUCAUCUCUGUGCUGUAUGUGUUUACAGGAUGUGGAAAAAUAAAGACUGACAUAUUUUCGUCAACUGGACUUCUUGAGAUUAAAGUUUAGUAUUCCUGCCCACUCGAUCCGACUCAGAGCCAGUGAAGACAAAGUGAACGAUCAGAGCUCAUGCAUCAACUCAUGCAUUAAAUAUGCAAGAAAAUAUUCCACCUUAAAACUUGCCAGUCUUAUUUUUCUCCUGUAUUUAUGUUAACGGUACAGGCUGUAAUCUGAUUACUGU